AUGUCACCACAAAAUGGUGUGCACCCCCUUCUACAGCCCGAUUUGGACUAUUUAGUUGAGGCAGAGCUUCAAAACUUUAGUUAUGUCAACGGCUCCUGUGCCAUAUGGAGUUUCCUCGGCUUUGGUGCCGUGCAGUGGAUCAUGCAGACCAUUUCUCGUGAGGAGAAGGAAGCAGAGCUUCGAUUUCGACCUGAGCUUGUUGGUUACCAGAAACCAGCUGGAAUGGCUAUUCCAUAA